AUGGACGGCUCUGGUAAGACACCCAUUAAGUGCACUGUAGAGGUGAAGGAAGAUUUAAAAGCAAGUGAGGCGACUUCUGCUGUUCAGGGGUCCGGUAAAGGCUGGGGCUGCUGCCUGAAGAGCACGCGGGGAUGCAUCCCCCCGGAGUACCGACACGAGCUGGUGGAGCUUUUCAAACUAGCGGGACCAGUGGUCAUUUCCCAGUUGAUGGUUUUUAUGAUCAGUUUCGUCAGCACAGUGUUCUGUGGUCACCUGGGAAAAACUGAACUUGCAGGAGUAUCAUUAUCAAUUGCGGUGGUUAAUGUCACUGGUAUUUCCAUUGGAACUGGGUUGUCGUUAACUUGUGAUACCCUCAUAUCUCAGACGUAUGGGAGCGGUAACUUGAAGCGUGUGGGUGUGAUUCUCCAGAGAGGGGUUCUGAUUCUGCUGAUGGCCUGUUUCCCCUGCUGGGCCGUCCUCAUCAACACUGAACCUCUCCUGCUCGCUGUCAAACAGAGCCCAGAGGUCGCCAGCCUCUCCCAGCUGUAUGUGAAGAUCUUCAUGCCUGCUCUGCCGGCAGCUUUUAUGUACCAGCUGCAAGGGAGGUAUCUUCAAAAUCAGGGGAUUAUAUGGCCUCAGGUUAUAACUGGAGUGAUUGGAAACAUCCUUAAUGCAAUCAUCAACUACAUCUUCCUCUAUCGUCUGGAUCUGGGUGUUGCUGGAUCUGCAGCAGCCAAUGCUAUCUCUCAAUAUGUGCUGGCUGUGGUCUUAUAUGUUUACAUCUGCUGGAGGGGUCUGCACAAGGCCACAUGGGGAGGUUGGUCACUCGACUGUCUGCAGGAGUGGGGACCCUUCGUCCAGUUGGCCAUUCCCAGUAUGCUCAUGCUCUGUCUGGAGUGGUGGAUGUUUGAGGUGGGAGGAUUCCUGGCUGGUGUGAUUAGCGAGGCUGAGCUGGGUGCUCAGUCGAUAACAUAUGAGCUGGCUGUUGUAGCUUACAUGUUCCCAUUAGGAUUCUCUGCUGCUGCCAGUGUUCGAGUUGGGAAUGCUCUUGGCGCAGGAAACACAGAGCAGGCCAGGCUAUCGUGUAAAGUCCCCAUCAUCUGUGCAUUCAUAAUUGCAUGUUUCGUCGGAGCUGGCCUCAGCAUCGCCAGAAAUGUCAUUGGAUACAUUUUCACCUCGGAGCAAGACAUUUUACAGAGGGUUGCUGACGUCAUGUUUAUAUUUGGUUUCAUGCAUCUUGCUGAUGCCAUUGCGGGUGUGGCUGGAGGCGUUCUUAGAGGAGCAGGGAAACAGUUGGUUGGUGCUCUAUGUAACCUGGUGGGUUACUACUUCAUCGGCUUCCCCAUUGGUGUGUCCCUGAUGUUUGCGGCGAACAUGGGGAUUGUAGGGCUGUGGACAGGACUUACCAUUUGUGUGCUAAUGCAGUCGAUUUUCUUCAUCACAUUUGUGUACAGACUAGAUUGGAAGAAGGCUGCUGAAGAGGCUCUUGUGAGAUCAGGAGUCCAGAUCAAAGAAGAAAAAGAGAUGGUCGGGAUAGAAAAUGCAGACCCGAAUUACAACCGGGCCCAGGUCAGUACUACGGCUUCCAGUUGUGCGAGUACUGAGGAGGAUCACACAUACCAGGAGGUGCAUGAUCCAGGCCAGAAUAAAAACACCACUACUACAGUGGGAGAUGUUCUCUCGGUAACGCAGUUGGUUUUACGGCGUGGACUGACAUUGCUGGUUAUGGUUGCCAUCCUCAUUGUUGGUAUCGUCGCUAGCAACUUCCUCAUCAAGCUGCUGAAAUGA